AUAUGAAGAAAUAGACCUUGAAACAGGAAUACUGGAAACCAAAAGAAAUUCUGUUUCUUCAGAUGACAUUUAUCCUGUCCACAUGGUUUUGGAUAACAAAGAUGGCAUACAAGGUUCCUGUCAGUAUUUUAAAGAGAGAGUAGAUAUCACUGAUCAAAUCAGGACGAAGGAUUUGCAGCCUUGUUAUACUUACAAAGAAGCUGUUGAAAAAUGGGGAGAGAAACUAGUCAUUGUUGCUUCCCAAGACCAGCGUUACAGAGCUUUAAUAGGCUGGGAGGGAGACCCUGACUUAAAACUCCCUGACUUCUCCUACUGUAUCUUGGAGCGUUUGGGCCGUGCUCGGUGGCAAGGAGAGCUUCAGAGGGACCUUCACAGUGGAGCUUUCAAAGUCGAUGCUGGAAAAAUCCAUUAUCACCGCAGAGUCUUGGACAGAAAUGGUCUCAUAACAAUGCAGUCCCACGUCAUUCGGCUGCCGAGUGGAGCUCAGCAACACUCCAUCCUGCUGCUCCUGCCUCGCUUCCAUGUUGACAGGAGAAGCAAAUAUGAUCUUCUGAUGGAGAAGCUCUCAAGUAUGCUAAGUGCUCGCUCAAACCAGAUGGAAACAUUAGGAAACUUGAGGGAAGAAUUGGGGCUGUGUGAGAGGACAUUCAAGCGGCUGUACCAGUACAUGAUUAACGCUGGCCUAGCCAAGGUGGUGUCCAUCCCCCUGCAGGACAUACACCCCAAUGGAGGACCCUACAAGACAAAGAAAGGGACUGAUGUCAUGGUCCGUUGCCUUAAACUGCUGAAGGAAUUUCAGAAGAAAAUGGAAGAUUAUCAUGAUGAUGAUGAAGAAGAGAUCAUGACAAAAGCUAUUCAGCCUGUGGAUGUUGUUUGUGAAAGGGAUAUGCUCACCCAGGCUUAUGAGCUAAUUGAAAGUAGAGGAACCAAAGGCAUUUCUCAGGCAGAACUUCGCUUGGCUAUGAAUGUGGGGAAGCUAGAAGCAAGGAUGCUCUGUCGCCUUCUGGAGAGGUACAAAGUUGUCAAGGGUUUUAUGGAGGAUGAAGGUCGGCAAAGGACAACAAAGUACAUUUCAUACAUCUUUGCAGAGGAGAGUGAUUUAAACCGUCAGUUUGAGAGGGAGAAGGCCAGGAGUAAGCAGCUAGCCACAGUCACUUUGGCUCUAGUGCCAGAAUAUUCCCCCCCCGUGGAAGAUGUGUCUCUUGGAGAAGAUGAUACUUUAGUCUCAGAGUCUGACAAUGAAGAAGAAGAAAAAGAUGGCAAGAAGAGAGGAAACGGUCAGAAGGCCAACUCUGGCUCUCUGUUGAAAUUAAGUUUCCCAGAUGAUGCCCAUCAGUCAACACCAGCUAAAGGCUCAAAACCAGCAGCUGUGAAGUCUCAGGGGAAGAAGGUGCCUUCUCCUCAAAUCCUUGAAGAUCCUGAUGAUCUUCCAGACAACAUUUCAGGAGAGAGUUCUACUUUGGAAACCAUAAAGCAGGAGUCCAGUCUUUGCACCUGUUGUGAUGAAGAUGAGGAUGUGGUUGUGGUGGAGGAAGUCAGACUUGAAGACCCUAAGACAUGUGGCCUGAAGAAGGAAAAACGUUCCAAGGCCACAGCAGUGGAGAGGUCUCACGAGACAUACAGAUUGCUGAAGCGCCAGAACCUCAUCGUGGAGGCUGUGAGGAACCUGCGGCUCAUCGAGAGCUUGUUCAUACUUCAGAAAAUGGUGAUGGAUCAAGAGAAGCAGGAAGGUGUCUCCACUAAGUGCUGCAAGAAGUCCAUCGUUCGGCUGGUGCAGAAGCUGGCGCGGGAAGGACUCCUCAGGCUCUACCGCACCACUGUCAUUCAGGAUGGCAUCAUCAAAAAGGCAGAGUUUGUUGUGCACCCCUCGGUGAGCCCCAGUGAUCCCCUGGUGAGAAGUGCCAUCGAGCAGGUUCGGUUCCGCAUCUCCAACAGUGCUAUGUGGUUUUCCUGUAGGAUUAAAGUUCCCCAAACACCAACAUCCCAGGACCAUGGUGAGGAAGAAAACCUGGGGCAAGAGGCAGUUCCUGAUUCAGGAGAAAUACAAGAAAGCUCAAGUAAAGCUGAUAAUACUCGGACUGAUAAUACUCGGGCAAGAAAAACUGAUGAAAAAAUGGGUGUAACACAGCUAAAAAACUAUCACCCUGUUACAGUUCCAGGACUUGGCCGUUCUCUUGGCUUUCUUCCCAAAAUGCCUCGUUUAAGAAUGGCCCACAUGUUCCUCUGGUACUUAAUCUAUGGACACCCUUUAAAUGGAUCACAGCAAAAAAGGGGUAGUGAUGGUGAGAAAAAACAAGGGCUGGAUGAGAACGCAGCUGUAAUUGAAGCACAGCCAGAUGGGACCUUAGAAAUUGUGACAGCUGUGGUGAAACCUGAAGUCUCUGCACAGGAGACUGAAGUAGAGUUGUCUAAUCAAACAGUGUACGUGGAUGAGACGUCGUGGACACGCUAUGUCCCUCCUCUCCCUGUCCACAGAGAGUUCGGCUUUGGAUGGGCUCUUGUUAGUGACAUCCUCCUCUGCCUGCCUCUCUCAAUCUUUGUUCAGAUAGUACAAGUCAGCUACAAGGUGGAAGGUCUGGAAGAUUUUUUAAAUGAUCCCCUCAAAAAGCACACUCUGAUCAGAUUUCUUCCAAGGCCAGUCCGACAGCAGCUUCUCUACAAACGGAGGUACAUCUUCUCAGUGAUAGAAAGCCUUCAGAGAUUAUGUUACAUGGGACUGAUACAGUUUGGCCCAACAGAGAAAUUUCAAGACAAAGACCAGGUGUUUGUGUAUAUGAAGAGAAAUGCUGUGAUUGUUGAUACCACCAUAUGUGACCCCCACUACAACCUGGCUCAGAGCAGUCGUCCCUUCGAGCGCCGCUUGUACGUCCUCAACACCAUGCAGGACGUGGAGAACUUCUGGUUUGAUCUGCAGUGUGUCUGCCUGAAUACACCUUUGGGAGUUGUGCGCUGUCCUCGGUCCAAGAGGAGUAAUGUUCCAGGGGAGGAGACUGCACUGGAUGUAGAAAUGGAGCAAGAGUCAGCAGUGAACAAACACAACCUGGAACGAAAGUGUGCCAUGCUGGAAUAUACCACGGGCAGCCGAGAGGUGGUUGAUGAUGGAUCUAUCCCUGGAGAUGGGUUAGGAGCUGCAGGCCUGGAUUCCAGCUUUUAUGGCCAUCUAAAACGCAACUGGAUCUGGACAAGCUACAUCAUCAAUAAGACUAAGAAGGAAAAUACAGUGUCUGAGAAUGGACUGACAGCGAGACUCCAAACCUUCCUGACAAAACACCCCCUGACACUCAGCACUGCAGGUAACAAAAUGAGCAUUUUGGGAGAAGCAAAGGUAGGAUCAGAGUCACUUGCCCAGAAAGAGGAAUGUAUUGAACUAAGUGUAGAAUCAACCCAGGAUCGAACGAAACGAGUGAGAGGUGGGAAAAGCCAAAAAAGGAAGAGACUUAGAAAAGAUGUUGGAAAGAAGACAAAGAAGAAAAAGAAAGAAGAGAAGUCUGCAGACAAAAGCAAAAGGCUGCGGUACCACGACAAGGCAGACCAGAGUGCCCUGCUGAGAAUGACUCGGCUGCGUGUCACCUGGACGGUGCAGGAGGACAGUCUGCUCAUGCUGUGCCGCAUUGCCAGCCACGUGCUGAAUGCAAAGGUCAAAGGGCCCUUUGUGCCAUGGCAGGUGGUUCGGGACAUCAUGCACAGCAGCUUUGAGGAGUCCCUGGACAAAACCUCCCACUCUGUGGGGCGAAGAGCUCGUUACAUUGUCAGAAACCCACAGACCUAUCUCAACUACAAAGUUUGCCUUGCUGAGGUUUACCAAGACAAAGCCCUCAUUGAGGAUUUCAUGCACAGAGAAAAUAACUAUGAAGACCCACAGGUUUGUGCAAAGGAGUUUAAAGAGUUUGUGGAAAGGCUGAAAGAGAAAUUCAGUUCAACCCUGGCAAAUCCCAAGCUUGAGAUUCCUGACACUUUGCAGGAGCUGUUUGCCAGAUUUCGAGUUUUGGCAAUUGGAGAAGACACGAAUCAAGGCACAAAGGAGGAUAAUUUAAGCAGUGUUUAUGAUAUUCAUUUUCUAGUGCUACAGAAUCUGAUUCAGAGCACAUUGGCACUCUCAGAUAACCAGAUGAAAUCUUGCCAGUCAUUUCAGACAUUCCGGCUGUACCGUGAGUACCACGACGACGUCCUGGUCAAGGCUUUCCUGGAGUGCCAGAAGAGAAGUUUGGUGAAUCGUCGCCGUGUCAACCACAUGCUGGGGCCAAAGAAGUACAGAGCUCUGCCUUUUGUGCCCAUGUCCUACCAGCUCUCCCAGAGUUACUACAGAGUGUUUACGUGGCGGUUCCCCAGCACCAUUUGUACAGAGUCCUUCCAGUUCCUCGAGAAGCUCAAGGAUGCUGAAAAAUCAGACCAGCCAGAUCACUUCUCCUUCAAAGAUCAAGAGAACACAUCCUCAGAAGGCAUGGUGGCAUUUCCUAUGGAUGGGCCUGGAGGGCAAUGUGUGGCAAUGCUCUCCCUGUUCUCCCUGGGCCUUGUGUCUGUGAGUGUGAGAAUCCCCGAGCAGAUUGUUGUGGUGGACAGCACCAUGGUGGAAAACGAAGUGAUAAAAAGUUUGGGCAAAGAAGGGCUGGAGGACGACGAAGACGAUGACGAUGACUUAGAUGACAACUCUGGAGGCAAACGGAGGAUUGAAGUGAAAGCUCGUCAGGCCUCUCACACUAAUUACUUACUGAUGAGAGGCUACUACUCCCCUGGAAUUGUCAGCACACGCAACCUGAGCCCCAGUGACAACAUUGUGGUCAACUCCUGCCAGGUGAAGGUCAAGCUGCGAUGCACACCAGUCCCAGGAAGGCUCAGCUCUCCAGUUCCUUCUCUGCUAGAUAACAUGGCUGUGGGAAUCUCCUGCCUCCCUGAAACUUUUACCAGGUUGAUCAAAGUCCAGGACGAAAAUUACGAGGUUGACAAGUUUCUUCAUGAGUGUAGAGAACAUCAUGGUUACACUCCCGGGGAUGUAGCAGCUGUUCUGGAGAUCCGAAAUGCAAUAGAGGCAACUUCCCACUUUGGAAUUUGCAGAGCUGAGCUGAGCAAAUCUUUCUGCAGCUACGAGGAGGAGGAACCUGGACACACCAGGAGCCUGGAGCAGUACAUUCAGGACCUUAUCGAAAUGCAGCAGGUUUUAGAAGUAGGAGGCCACUCAGUGAGACUGGUUGCAGCAGUGUUUGCCAAGCCAUGGCUGUUACAUUCAGUGUGUCUGAAGAACAAAGCAGACGAUGGUGAUCAGCGAGGUGCAGACACCACUCUCCCAGAUGUGCCCCAGGAGAGCCUCCCGUCAGAGGCAAGGAAGGGAGAGGAAUGUUUGGGAGAGGAGGAACAGCUGGGAAAAGACACACCCUCUGUCAGUGAUGAAGAACCCCCGAGGAAGAGAUGCAGGACUGAUGUCCUUCAGGAGGACAGUCUGGGAACUGCAGCUGGAAGUCACUCUGACGCAGGAGUCGCUGAUCCUGUCACAGCAAAGGAAGCUGUGCCAGGGGAUGAAGAAGGAGAAUCCCUGGGAGGACAGGCAGAACAGCCAGCUGAACUGCCAGAGAGUGCUCCAGAGGCUGGGAAUGUGGGCACUUCUUGCAAGGAACAAGAUAAACCUUGUUCUGAGGACAAAGAACUUGAAGCAGGGAAUGAUGAGCUCCCCACUGAGCACAACAAGCAGAUCCCCAGCCUGGAACAGUCAGCCAGUGAGCAGGACGAUGAUCUUUCCUACCUACAGGAGAACCCAGGAGUCUCUAAAGGAAGUUCUGGGACAGAUGUCUCACAGGCAGACAGGGACAGGGCCUGUGAGAACGUUUGUUUCAUUGGGAGGCCGUGGAGGAUCGUGGAUGGGACCCUGAACAAACCUGUGUGCAAGGGGAUGAUGGAGGCUGUGCUCUACCACAUCAUGACAAAGCCAGGCAUCACGGAAGCAGUGCUGCUGCAGCAUUACACUGGUGUGCUGCAGCCUGUGGCUGUUCUGGAGAUCCUGAAGGGUCUGGAAACUCUCGGUUGCAUCAGACGUUUCUACAUGAAAAAGUCAUCCCCAGUAUCACUCUUCUCUCAGCCAGUUGUGGAAGAACAACUAGACCAUCCCAAACUGAGUGAAAGCCCAACAAUAUACUAUGAGCCCACAAUAGACUGUACUCUCAGGCUGGGGAGAGUGUUCCCCUGUGAAGUGAACUGGAAUAAGUGGGUGCAGGUUAUCCCUGUAUAA